UUUUUGUUGUAGCCCAGCGUUGUAGAUGGUGUGCGUGGCGCGGGGUGCGCGGGUAUACGUGUUGCCCUCCGCUUAUUUUUUUCCGCGUACGCUAACGCUCGGCCGUUUAUUUACGUAGCGUCGCGACGCAGUGCACGGAGACCCGCGCCGUUGGACGCGACGAGGAGCCGCGCGUCAACGCCGAGGCCGCCCCGUAGGCGCGCGCGAGAGACCCGCUGUCGCUGUAGCCGCGCACGCGAGCGAGCGUAACCCGGGGGUGAGACGGGACACGCGCGGCACUAAAUGCGAUCCCCGUUUUCGCGGAGGCCGUACACGGGUAGGCCCGCGCCGUCGUAAGUCGUGCGGUAGUCCGCGUGGACAGCACGGGUUCCCCCCCUCGCCCCCGCCAGGAAGCCGCGAACGUCGUCCCCUCGUCAGCGACCGCAGCGCGACUCGACGCUAUGCCGCGCUGAGGCGCGUGCACUUGUGCCGUGCGUUUUAUAACCUGACAACACGAGCGAAGUACCUCGUCCCGUACAUCGUAUUUAUCAUGCUGUUGCAUCUUUGACGAAGCAGUUAUCAAGCGGUGCAUACUUAAUUGAGAGAUAUCCAAAAUGUGGCCGACGCAGAGUAACAACAAUUCUAACGCAAACUCUGCGUCAGCGGAGAAGAACAAUUUGCGCACUCUGGGGAUGACGUCGGCCAUCAGCGUGGCUGAACCCAAGCCCAUGGACAUUGCCAGAACCAACGAAUUGAAGGAGGCCCUGAAACCCUACAACGUUUUCGAAUCUGAGGAAGAGUUGAAUCAUAGGAUGGAGAUUUUAAGCAAACUGAACGCACUGGUCAAACAGUGGAUAAGGGACACGAGUAUAGCUAGAAACAUGCCACCUAACGUGGCCGAACAAGUGGGCGGUAAAAUAUACACGUUCGGUUCGUAUAGGUUAGGUGUACAUCACAAAGGCGCCGACAUUGACGCGCUGUGCGUUGUACCGCGUCAUAUAUUUAGGUCGGAGUAUUUUACGUCCUUCUUCGAAUUGUUGAAAAUGCAGGAGGAAGUUACGGAUUUAAGGGCAGUAGAGGAAGCCUUUGUACCAGUUAUAAAAAUGAACUUCGAUGGUAUAGAAAUUGACAUGCUAUUUGCGAAGUUAACUCUUAAGGAAAUUCCAGAUUCAAUGGAUCUCAGGGAUGACAUGUUACUGAAAAAUCUCGAUCAGAAGUGCGUCAGAAGUCUUAAUGGUUGCAGAGUAACGGAUGAGAUAUUGCGUUUAGUACCUAAUAUAGAAAAUUUCAGGUUGGCUCUCAGAGCUAUAAAAUUAUGGGCAAAACGACAUGGUAUAUAUAGCAAUGUCUUAGGUUACCUUGGUGGUGUAUCUUGGGCAAUGUUAGUCGCUCGAACGUGUCAGCUUUACCCUAAUGCUGUAGCAGCAACCCUGAUAGAAAAAUUCUUCCUUGUAUUCUCUCAAUGGAAGUGGCCACAACCAGUACUUUUAAAACAACCUGAUAAUGUCAAUUUGGGUUAUCCAGUUUGGGAUCCAAGAGUCAAUGUGUCAGAUAGAUAUCAUCUGAUGCCAAUAAUUACACCAGCAUAUCCUCAACAAAAUUCUACCUUCAAUGUGUCCGUGUCGACCAGAACCAUCAUGCAAGAGGCGUUUGAAAACGGGCUAGCCAUAACCGAGGAGAUUAUUAUGGGUAAAGCAACGUGGGAUAAGUUGUUCGAGCCACCAAACUUUUUUGGCAAAUACAAGCAUUACAUUGUAUUGUUAGCCAAAAGUUCGAGUGCAGAGGAUCAGCUUGAGUGGUGCGGUCUUGUCGAAUCAAAAAUACGACACUUAAUAGGUAUGUUGGAGAGGAAUCCUCAUAUUACUUUGGCACACGUUAAUCCGGAAGCGUUUCCACCGUUGAAUCCCGAAUCGGGCAAACAGUGUUCUAUGUGGUUCAUCGGCCUGGCUUUUGCUAAGUGCGAAAAGAGCGAAAAAAGCGAGAAGGGCGAGAAUAUCAAUGUUGACCUCACAUAUGAUAUCAAAUCCUUUGUGGAUACAGUUGAGAGACAGGCAGAACAAAUAAAUAUGUUCAAAGAGGGAAUGUGGAUUGAGGCUAAACAUGUAAAAAGGAAGGACUUGCAUACUUAUGUAUCGCCGAGUUUACUAAAAAGGGAGAGGAAGGUUUCUAGCGGUGUGCAUAGGAACGGCAACAUUGCUGGAAAUGGAAACGGUGGUAGCGUAUCGCCACGGAAUCAAGGCGAUACAAGCGGCAAGAAGAGAUUGUCGGAUCAGUCACUCGAUGCGUGUGGAAAGAAGCGGCGUAUCAAUGAGGCAGAGGAGCAAGUGAGUGGUACGGAGAACACAACAUUAGUCGUUCAAUCUUGCGGAGAAGACAGCAAUUCUGGCUUCAGUAUGGAUGAAUACAAACCGAAUAUAUCAACUAAUAAGGACGAAGGACCUACUGGUGCAACUACAGUAGCGCAGGAAGGAUUCGUGUGCACCUGAUGAUCAUCGUGGGAUUACUGUCUCACAUCAAUCCACAGAUGCUCCUCUGGAUCAUCUAGACUGUAAACAUUUCUCAUGCAACCAUCCACUGCCCACUGUAAGUCCUUCGUUUCGUAAAAGCAAAACAGCGUCACGCAAUGGAGGAAGCUGUUCGGGUGGAAUUAAUCAAUUGACGACAAUUUAUGUGUUUAUGUGAGACACUAUAAUUAAUAGUAUUAUAAAAAAAAGAACAUCGACAGUCAAUGGGAACAAUUACGCUGGAAGCUUACGCGAUUGUGCCAGUGUCUGUGAUGUCAUUUAUAUCAGUGGGGUAAUAGUUUUGAGAUAUAUUAGAAAUUUGCUACCAUUAAGGAGAGGUUAAAACCCUAUUUCGCUUGGAAACAGAAUAGUGAUCGUUCUUUUUAUAUUUCCUUUUUGUAUAUAUCAUUUACAUUGCUCUUUUUUUUUUAUCGAUAAACAAGGAACAAGGAACUUAAGAUUUGAUAAUACUUGAUGUAACAUAAUUUUACAUAAUUUACAUGACGAGCAGGAAUAGUUUGAUCGAGAAAAUCACAUGUAUGGAAAUUUCCGUAUUUGCGAGUGUUUCCACAUGUUAGAAAAAAAAAACAAAAUAUAAAAUAUAUUCUUAUAUAAAGUGCAUUUUUGUAAUGCACCGCGGAAUAUGCUUUAAAAAUGCAUAUGCGUACGAUUUAGUUGUAAGUAGCUCUGAUAUACUUUAUUACUCGUAAUAACGCGUCACGUACCGUGAUCUGCCUGCUUAGGGAUUUGCAAACAGUACUGUGCUGUUAGCGUUUUAAUACGCUCUCCACUGUUUGUACCAAGUAUGAACUAUUAUUUACGCGAUACUUAAUGUUGCUAUUAUUUAUAAGGAUUAGGUGUUCCAUGCAAGUUGCAAAGUAGAAUAUUAUUUGCUCCUGGAGCUUACCAUUGUACACGUAAAGAAAGACGCUGAUGGUUUGCUUCAUCACGUUUUGCUAAACAGCUGUAAUGCAAUCGAUAAUGUAACUGCAUUACAAGGAUCACCGACACUGGCAUAAGCCCGAGGAUGUUUCACUUACAAUGUACGUAGAUAGCAGUCGCUGUAAGAAGCUAAGAAAUAGAGAGACUUGCAAAUGAAACAUCCCAAAUAGGCCAUUGACUAUCUUCUUGACGAUUAUGUUGCGUAAAACAGUUUCGUACGGAGCCGCCUUUUAGUUUUUGCUCAGAAACAAAGUUGUAGCUUUAACGAUUUAGAAACGGGCUGACACUUGGAUGAUUGAAACCACCUGUCACCAACUGGUGAGUUUGUUCAGGUGUUUAACUGCCCUCGCUCCCAAUAUACGGCUCUGAUCCUGGAUCCUGAUUCCGAUUACCUUCUCACCUCUAUUACAGUCCUCGAUUCAUGUGUUAAAGGCAUGUCCACUAAUCAUAUGCUACAAGGUAUUUGAUGUUCAUUCUUUGGUACUUGUAAACGAAACUUGCGAAUAACGCAGUGCACGCAGAAAUCAAGUACUUGCAGAGUCCUAUUCGGCAAGUUAAAGAUUUCAAACGCAAUUAAAUCGUAUUAACAUUGGAAAAAAAAUAUGAGAAGACAUAAGACUUCUCUCGCCCGUAUAACCGACACCCGUUAGCAACUCGAUUGUUACGUUGAAAUUUUUACUAAUGCAGUAUAUACAAUUUAAUGGUGACUACUAAGUGAAUUUUAAGUGUGUAUAACAUGGAAAUCUCGAUUACAAUGCUUUGCAAGUGUCAUGAUUUUAUGUUCAGUGAUUAGGAAUCAUUCCGUUACUUGUAUAUAUUCGUACAUGCGCCUGAGGUGAUAGGUUUCGCUCUUUCAAUGCUUGUCUCGUCGAGAGCCAUUUUAUUUAUUGAUCGGGAUAUAUACGUUUUCCUAUGUACUAAAAAAACAAGGCAGUAAUAAUGCUAACUCAUUUCUUCGCUUUUUCAUGAAUUUACGCUGAUUUCAUGCUUGUGAAUCUGGGAUUGAGGUAUAUUACGGUACUGUACAAGGAAGACUAGGCCAGUUGGUUUGAUCGAUCAUGAACCCACUCGCUUUCCACAUGUAUUGACGUUAACGUGACAUGAUUAAAAAAAACAACGCGAUUAUCUCUUCAAAUAACUAAUCAUGAGAUUGUCUACAGCGAAUUCGUUUAGAUAUCGGUGUGCACAAAUGCAUUCAAUCGAAUUCAUUGUCAAUUAUUAUCACACGGUACCGUGGAAUAGCCAUGAGUUUAUUUCGUGAUAAACGACAUUCGUAAUUGCCCUCCUAUAUUCUACUUGAAAGGGGAGGUAUUUCCCUACACGUAUUUUACUUUUAGUAAUUAAUCGUGAUUUAGAAAUUAUUUGAUUCGUGCAAAAUGUAGUCGGGCAGAUUUCUUUUCCGUUAAAGUGAAGUAAUCAUUUCGUUUAUUUUUAUUUGUCUUCAAAAUGUCACCUGAGUUUUCAAACCUUUUCAGUCGCAGAGUCUCCUCUCGCAGUCGCUUAAUAUAUUUUUUUUUAUAGUAUACGUAAACGUAUGCAUAACGUAUUUUCUGAUACUCGUGUACAAUAAUGAUUAAAUACCUCAUUUACGUUAUGUCUGUCCAUCAAUAUCUGUCUAGAAAAAUUCUUCGUGACUAUGUUAAAUAAUUUUAGUGUGUUACGAGACUCGUUCAUUCAUCGACAUGCCGUUAAAGUAUCGAAGUCCUUUUGUUUUGCAUACCAAAGCAUAAAGUGUAGCUUUUGUAUUUUCUUAAAUUGCUCGCCUAAUCUUACUUUGCUAGAUCCAAGAUGUGCUUUGUGCGAAGCUCAAUUAUUUAAACGAACAGAAUUUUUACGCGCCAUAUUGAGAGAAACAUUUUAUUCGUAUCUUCUGUUGUUAUUGACGUCCUUCUUCUUUUACAAAUAUAAAAUCUAAAGUUCUUUAAGUUUAUGCAGCUGAUAUACUUAGGAUCCCUAAUUGGCGACGAAAAGAACAUGUCGCAUUGAUUGUCCCCGAUAAACUGGAUAUUCAUUCAUUUUGUCCAUUCAUUAGCGUUUAACGGUAUGUAGGUGUGUGUGAAUGUACAUUUACGUGCACAUACACAUACAAGCGCGCGCAUACAAUUGUAUUAUAAUAUAAUACAAUUAUAAUUAUUGUAUUAUACUAUAUAUACGAUUAAAAUAUAAUACAAUUAUAAUUUUUGUAUUACACUAUAUAUACGAUUAAAAUAUAGUACAAUAAUUUUGUUGUAAUUGUAUUAUAAUGUAAGUACGAUUAUAACAAAUUUCCAUUUACGGGGAUAUGUAAAUGUGUACUUUUAGCGUAGAGCAAUUAAAUCCCACAGAGCAUAUUAAUUACGGUGCAAUACGUUUUUUUUUGUUUUACUUAGAAAAUGAUAUCGAUUAAUCGAGAACUUCGCGAAUUCACACGUCCCGCACGAAUGGCAUCAUGCAAUAAGAUGUGACAAAGAUGCUAGCGCUUUCAUCAACAAUACACUGAUUGCAUAUCCAUUUCACUGAGUAAUUGUCAAAAUUCUUUCCGUUUCUCUUCACCCGCAUUCAUCACCCAUGUCGAACAUUAUCGUUACAUCGUACGUAAUUAAAAGAACAACAACAGGACAGUUAAGAAUCUCAUAAUGAUUUAUCUUCAUGAUGACAAUCCUUCGGAACAAAUCUCUUCGGUUCACUCGCAUCCCUUAUGUGCCGCGUGUCGUACUGUGAUAGUUUACUAUUGCUAAUCUCAUUGUCCACGGUAGAGCUUCUGUCGCUUUUAUCUCGCAACCACUCUCGGGGGGGGG